AUGGUCGCAGGCAGACUCGGAACCGAGUCUGCACGCAGGCGACAGUUCUCCAGCUGCGACUACUGUCGUAAAUCGCGUAUUGCAUGCGAUGCGUCUCAAUUACAAAGGAACCAGGAAACGACUUCCGGUAGUCCCGACGCGGGUUCGUCGUCAUCGCGCGUUCAAUGUACGAACUGCUCAAAGCGCUCUCUGACGUGCACCUACGAGUGGAUUCGGGAUCGUGGAAACAGGGAUGUGGCUGCUGUAGGAGAUGUCAACAGGCCAAGAACUCGUUCGGCAACUGGUCGUUCCAGAAGAGCGCUCACUAGGACACAUGUAACCAAUAGCCCAGAGCCUUCUGAAGAGAUACAACAUGACGAAGCAGAGCCAGCUGCAACUGCAGAGACUAAUGACCAUACCCAGAUCAUACCCAGUUCUGAAUUAUUCCAGCAAACUGAGGCCAGGGUACUACAUGACCACCUAUGGACAGUUUUCAGUCUGAUAUUCGAGCCUGUUCUUACUCUCUGGACCGGCCCGGACUGCAGUCCCUAUGUGGUGCCUGAUCAUGUGAAUUACCUUCUCUAUUCCAUGAUUAACACACAUUCCACACACUUCGUACUAAUUGUGGAAAUAGAUGUCUAA